AUAGGGAGAAGUGGUUUUUAAUAUUUACCACUAAAUUAUUGCAUUAAAAAGCCGCGAAAUUUGAAUCAGAUUUUGUUCCAGUUUCAAAAUACAUUCUAAUAAUUUUGGAUGUUUUUGAGAUUACCGAAAAAAUUUUAGCUCUGAUUAUUUUCUGCUUAAGUAUGUUUUCUUAAUAAUUUGGACGAACGUCGAUAUUUUGCAGAUAAGUGUAGGUACAUACAACGUAUUUCUUAUGACGUAUUCUACUAGUAGUAUCAGACGUAUAUUCUGACAUUGUUUCACGUUGUGUGUCUGCAAGUUAAUUGAAGAGACGUAACAGAAUGGCUGUGGAGGUUGUUUAUAAUUACAUGAAGACACAGAAUAGACCUUACAGCGUGAAUGACGUAGUCACACAUUUACAUAAUGAACACAAUAAAACUGUGGUUCAAAAGGCUAUGGAUCAAUUGGUGGCAGAUGGGAAACUGUUUGAAAAAGUUUAUGGCAAACAGAAGAUAUAUUGCGUUGUUCAAGAUUCAACGUAUAAACCUGACGAGCUAAUGAGGAUUGACAAGGAGCUACAGACUCAUGCCAAUGAAGUCGAGAGUAAAUAUCAGGAAGUCGUGAAAGAAAUGAAAGAACAGGAAACACUUUUAGCCUCGCUGAAAUCGAGCUUGACGCUGGAAGAUGUGCAAAAGGAAAAGAUAGUUCUGCAGCAAAAUGUGAAACAGUUAACACACAAAUUGGAUGAGCUGAUGGAAACGAGUGGCACUGAAGACCUGCAAGAAUCUAAACGAAAGGCGCAGGAGGAUUUGGAUGAAUACUCGCGUGAAUAUUUAAAAAGGAAGAAGAUAUGCGUUGAAAUAAUAGAUUGCAUUUUGGAAAAUUAUCCCGUUAACAAAAACGAACUGUAUGAUGAGGUAGGCAUAGAUUCAACAACUGUAUAAUAAUCACAUUAUUUUUGUAUUGUAUUUAUUUUUUUGUAUUUAGCUUCUUAUUCUUACAUCAUAUGUAAAAUCAUAUUUAUAUUGAAUGAACCAAGUGAAAUGUUUUCAUUUUAAUUAAUAUAAAACACUCAUUUACAUAUGUAUAAAAAAUUACUUAAGUUUCACUGUUGCAAAAGUUACCUAUAAAACUACUGUGUGUUAAAUAGAAUUAUCUGUUGAUAUGUAGCAUGCCACUUGCACAUGCCACUAUAUUAUAUAAAAUUUUUGAAAUUAUAGUUGAGAUAGAUUAAUAUUUAUUUUGUUCGUUUUUAUAUAUAUAUAUAUUUUUCAUUAUGUUGCGCAUUAUAUAUAAGGCACUUCAAAACUAUCACAUUUUCUCUAAAUUCAUGGACAUUAAUAUGUGAGACAUCUCAGAACAAUUAAUUAAUGUAAAAUAUCACAUUAAAAUUUAUAUUUCAAGUUUCAGAGUUAUAAAAAUGAUGACAAUUUUUAAUUUUGAAAAUUUAUAUCAAUGGAAACUUACAAUUACUUAAUUUACAAUUGAGAAUUCAAUAUGAAAGAUUUGCAUUAAAAUAUAAUUAAAUUUGAGACAUCAAAAGCUGAAAUUAUUGCUUGUCUAAUGAUGUGUGAGAGAAUAUUAUAGUUUUUGAAUUUUGUGUAUGUGAAUUUUGUAA